AUGAUAUCGCCGCGACCGACGCCUGAUUUGCCCGAUCAGCCAAAGCAGCAGUCAAUGGUGCACGAUUUAGAAGAACAGCAACCGACUCGGAAUCAGAAUCAGAAUCAGCAAGAUCAACAGCAACAGCAAGAGGUGUUACAGCAAGAGGAACAGCAGGAAGAACAGCAACCGACUCAGAAUCAGAAUCAGCAAGAUCAACAGGAAGAGGAACAGCAAGAAGAACAGCAAGAGGACAAAAGGCAACAAUACCAACCGUACCUUCAACAGCUCCAGCACCAGGGGUCUCCCAACCUCAGUGGCCCUAACCACGAGGAUGAGUACAUCCCCGGCUGCCUCCCACUACCUUACCUCGACACCUCCGCUACAUCCACCCGCCUUUCCCCGAAAAACUCUAGUAAGCCCGUGAGAUUCUAUGCAGCGCUCCAACUCAGCACCCCGGGUUCCGCAUCCACCUCCGCUCCGCCAUCACCCAGCCUCACUUCUCAAACCCCCUUCAUGGGCUGCUAUGCCUAUUAUCGAGGAUCUUCUGUCUCCCUAUCAUUCCCAGACCACUACAGCGCCAGUACAUUUUCCACUUCUCUACCGCACAGCUCGAUGACAGGCCGACCCGCCUCAAUAGCUGCUGUUUCAACACUGACUUUAACCUCAAUGUCCUCAGAAGUCACGUUCCCUAGGCCGCUUGAAAGGAUCAGUCAGUCCCAGUCCCCGACCCCGAUCAAGCCUACAAAAUAUCGAACGUUCUUAAGUGGAAUGUCGUUGUCUUCGCGGAAGAAGGGAAACAUGCGGGAGUCGAUGCUUAGUCAACCCUUUGGAAGAGGUAGUGAUAGGGAUGCUGCUGUUGCUGAUGGCGCAGGGGGGCAGAAGGAGACGAGAUGGUCUCGGUCAGGUUUACGGAUAUUAGGGAGGUUGGUGAGGAGGGAGAAACAAUGA